CAACCUCUCCCCCCCGCCUCGCGCGCCUUGCUUUCCCACCCUGUGCCCAGACCGAGGAGGGGGGGUGAUAAUGGUUGGAUGAAGAAGGCAAAGCAGGAGGGGGGAAAAGCCGAGACUUCGAGGCGUCCUUCCCUUUGCAGCGGGACCCUUCGCCUUGCCCGCCUGCUCCUUCCCUUUCUCCGCUCGUCUGGAUGAGGUGUGUGGCCGGGCGGGAGUAGGAGCCACGGCAAGAGGGGGGUGGAGAGGGGGAGGAGGAGGAGGAGGGGGAGGAAGAAGAAAAGGGUGCGCCGCCGGAGAGACCAUGAGGAAAUUUAACAUCAGAAAGGUGUUGGACGGCCUGGCGGGCUCGUCGUCCUCCUCUUCAGCUUCCUCCUCCUCGCAGCAGCAGCAGGCUGCAACCCGGGAGAACGACAUCCAGGAGACCCUCCACUCCGAGCACUUCCAGCUCUGCAAGACUGUUCGCCAUGGUUUCCCCUAUCAGCCUUCAGCUUUGUCUUUUGAUCCUGUUCAGAAGAUACUUGCCAUUGGAACACAAACUGGCGCUUUAAGGCUAUUUGGUCGACCUGGAGUUGAAUGCUACUGCCAACAUGAUAGUGGUGCUGCAGUAAUCCAGCUUCAGUUUUUGAUCAAUGAGGGUGCCCUUGUGAGUGCCUUGGCUGAUGAUACCUUACAUUUAUGGAACUUGCGUCAGAAAAGACCAGCUAUAUUGCAUUCCCUGAAAUUUAACAGAGAAAGGAUAACAUUUUGCCAUAUCCCUUUCCAGAGUAAAUGGUUGUAUGUGGGUACCGAAAGAGGAAAUAUACACAUUGUCAAUGUGGAGUCUUUCACUCUCUCAGGCUACGUCAUCAUGUGGAAUAAAGCCAUUGAACUGUCAUCCAAGUCUCAUCCAGGACCUGUUGUACAUAUUAGUGACAAUCCAAUGGAUGAAGGCAAGCUGUUGAUUGGUUUUGAAUCAGGAACAGUGGCAUUAUGGGAUCUCAAAUGCAAGAAGGCGGAAUACAGAUACACACAUGAUGAGGCAAUUCAUUCUGUAGCUUGGCAUCACGAAGGAAAGCAAUUUAUUUGUAGCCAUUCAGAUGGCACUUUGACUAUAUGGAAUAUAAGGAACCCUACUAAGCCAUUGCAGACAAUCACUCCCCAUGGGAAGCAGGUCAAAGAUGGAAAGAAGCCAGAACCCUGUAAACCUAUUCUUAAAGUGGAAUACAAAACAACUAGAAUUGGAGAGCCUUUUAUCAUCUUGUCAGGUGGCUUAUCAUAUGACACUGUCGGACGAAGACCCUGUUUAACUGUUAUGCACGGAAAGAGCACUGCUGUUCUAGAAAUGGAUUACUCUAUAGUAGAUUUUCUAACUCUGUGUGAAACUCCAUACUCUAAUGAUUUCCAAGAGCCAUACGCUGUGGUUGUUCUCCUAGAAAAAGAUUUAGUAGUUAUUGACCUUGCACAAAAUGGGUAUCCUAUAUUUGAGAAUCCAUAUCCCUUGAAUAUACAUGAAUCUCCAGUUACUUGUUGUGAAUAUUUUGCUGAUUGCUCUGUAGACCUUAUUCCAGCACUUUAUUCAGUGGGUGCACGGCAAAAGCGUCAAGGCUAUAGUAAAAAGGAAUGGCCUAUCAAUGGUGGAAAUUGGGGUUUGGUCACACAGAGUUAUUCAGAGAUUAUCAUUACUGGGCAUGCAGAUGGAUCAGUCAAGUUUUGGGAUGCUUCUGCAAUAACUUUGCAAGUACUAUACAAAUUAAAAACAGCUAAAGUAUUUGAAAAAACUCGAAAUAAGGAAGAUAGACCAAGCACUGACAUAGUAGAUGAAGAUCCAUAUGCCAUUCAGAUCAUCUCAUGGUGUCCAGAAAGCAGGAUGCUGUGCAUAGCAGGAGUUUCUGCACAUGUCAUUGUUUACAGAUUCAGCAAACAAGAAAUAACAACAGAAGUUAUUCCGAUGCUUGAAAUACGGCUAUUGUAUGAAAUAAAUUAUAUAGAAUCUCCUGAUCCUGAGCAAAUGCCACCAUUGCCUACUCCAGGCACAGGUUCCAAUCCUCAAUCCAUCAUCCCCCAGUCUCAUCCCUCCACUAGCAGUAGCUCUUCUGAUGGACUUCGUGAUAAUGUCCCAUGUUUAAAAGUUAAAAAUUCUCCCCUUAAACAGUCUCCAGGAUACCAGACAGAGCUAGUUAUCCAGUUAGUAUGGGUGAGUGGUGAACCUCCUCAGCAAAUAACAAGUCUUGCAAUCAACUCUGCCUAUGGAUUAGUAGUUUUUGGUAAUUGUAAUGGUAUUGCAAUGGUUGAUUACAUUCAAAAGACCAUGCUUUUAAACCUUGGCACUAUUGAAUUGUAUGGCUCUAAUGAUCCUUAUCGGAGGGAACCUCGAUCUCCACGUAAAAGUAGACAACCAUCUGGAGGUAAGGGGCUAAUAAAAAUUUCAAAAAGGAUGGUGAUAAAUGAGAACAAGUUCAAAGGACCUCAUGUAGGUUCUGGUUCCCCCAACAAUUCUGGUGAUGAACAAAAAAUGAAUAAUUUUAUAGAAAAGGUGAAAACCAAAAGCAGAAAGUUUUCCAAGAUGAUAGCCAGUGAUAUAGCAAAGAUGUCUAGAAAAUUAAGCUUACCAACUGAACUGAAACCUGAGUUAGAUGUUAGAGACAAUUCCUUCAGCCGAUCCAGAAGUUCUAGUGUAACAAGCAUUGAUAAGGAAUCCCGAGAAGCAAUUUCAGCUCUCCACUUUUGUGAGACCUUCACUCGAAAAGCCGAUACAUCACCUUCACCUUGCUUGUGGGUUGGGACUACUUUAGGCACCGUUUUAGUCAUUGCACUGAAUUUACCGCCAGGAGGAGAACAAAGGCUGCUUCAACCAGUAAUUGUUUCCCCCAGUGGAACUAUUCUGAGACUUAAAGGAGCAGUCUUAAGAAUGGCUUUUCUGGACACAACAGGAUCAAUAGUUCCACCUGCAUAUGAACCCUGGAGAGAACACAAUGUUCCUGAAGACAAGGAUGAAAAGGAUAAAUUGAAAAAACGUCGGCCUGUCUCAGUAUCUCCAUCCUCUUCUCAGGAAAUGAUUGAAAACCAAUAUGCAGUGAUAUGCUCCGAAAAGCAAGCAAAAGUUAUAUCACUGCCCUCACAGAACUGUACUUAUAAGCAAAAUAUAACAGAGACUUCAUUUGUCCUUCGCGGAGAUAUAGUGGCACUCAGUAACAGUAUCUGUCUUGCUUGUUUCUGUGCCAAUGGACAUAUAAUGACUUUUAGUUUGCCAAGUUUAAGGCCGCUAUUGGACGUAUAUUACUUACCACUUACCAACAUGAGGAUAGCCAGAACAUUUUGCUUCACCAACAAUGGGCAGGCAUUAUAUCUUGUCUCACCUACAGAAAUCCAGAGAAUUACUUAUAGCCAAGAAACAUGUGAAAACCUGCAGGAAAUGUUGGGUGAGCUCUUCACACCUGUAGAAACACCAGAAGCACCAAACAGAGGGUUCUUCAAAGGUCUCUUUGGAGGUGGUGCGCAAUCACUUGACAGGGAAGAACUCUUUGGUGAAUCCACAGCUGGAAAGGCAUCAAGAAGCCUUGCCCAGCAUAUACCAGGUUCUGGUGGUAUUGAAGGAGUCAAAGGAGCAGCAUCAGGAAUAGUUUGUGAGUUGGCACGAGCCAGAAUAGCAUUGGAUGAAAGAGGGCAAAAAUUGGGAGAGCUGGAAGAACGAACAACAGCCAUGUUAACUAGUGCUGAUUCUUUCUCAAAGCAUGCACAUGAGAUGAUGUUGAAAUGCAAGGAUAAAAAAUGGUACCAGUUCUGACAGCACAUUCUCAAAUACAUCUCUAUAAUUUUACCUUGAAGAAAAAUCUUUUCAUUAACUUCUGCAGGACCAGCAAAGCUGGAAGGGUGUCAGCCAAUGGGUACAGAUGUUUCCUAGCACAAAUUAUGCACUGGUUUACCUCAGUUGUACAGCUUUAACUGAGGAUCAUUGUAUUUAAAACUGACACCCACAUCAUGAGGGUGUGUUUGCGCAUCUGCGCAUGUAUGUGUGUUAUCUGUGGGCUGACUAGAAGCUUGAGAACAGAAUUGAUGGCAAAGAGAACACACGGACAAAAAUAGAAAAUUUGGAAUCAAAAGAGCAGGGGCAAUGCAGGAUCUAUCCUGUGUUAAUAUUUCACAUGCCAAAAGUUUUGUGCUAUUGUUGUUGCUGCCAGUGUUUCAUCCUCCUCCAGGAGGUGCAAUAAAUCAGGGGUCCAAGAGCUAGAAUAAAGUUCAUUUUAUGGGACUAUUAACUGAUCUACACCUUUCCUCCUUAAAAGCACAUUCAUAAAGCUGUCUGAAAAUGACUUAUUCUGCUACCAUUUCUCUGCUCUGAUAAACUGGAAAUACAGAAGUUCCAUCUUGAAUCUACACAUAGUUCAAAUGCAGUCACAUAAUCUCUUCUUGGACCCCUGAUCUAAUAGUAUUGUCUUUGCAUCUUUAUAUUGUUGCUGCAUUGGGACUUCAUAAUAAACCAUGGCAUGCUUUUGCUUCAGUUUUUGUUUAACUAUGGCUUUGUUCAUAUUCAACAAGAUUACUUUUAAUGCCUGUGACUUACUGGUCUGAAAUAAGCCAUCUUCAUAAUCCAGUUUGAAGCUAGCUUGUUUCAAUAAACUUUAGGAAAGAUUGACCACAUAUGACCAUAUAGCGUUAAACUGCUGUUAAUCAGAUGUGAAAGCUUCCAAUUUGUAUGGCCAUAUCUGAGAAGCAGAAGAAAGAAACAUAUAAGCUCAAGGUUUGCUGUCGCUCAUUUCUCUCAUAAAAAUCCAUGUUUUUUGUGAUGUCCACAUGCAGCCAGCAUCAAGUAAAAAAAUAAGAUGAUAAGUUAUUUUGCAUCAUAAAAACACAAGUGAUUGACCUGCACAUCAUGCUAAAAGUUUUUUGUGUUAUGGCUGUCUAAUGUGAAACGUAAAAAUAUCUCUUGCAAUGAUACA